GUCUUCUCGCGCGUUCUCCUCCGUGUUUUCUCGGCGGCGCACUUCCUUUCAUAAAUAAUAAAUCGGCGAUUAGCACGCUGAUAAACUCACUGACCGGCCGCUUUUGUUUGUCCUCCUCGCCCGUGCGUAGGUGCGACGGAGUAUGCGUCAUUGACAUGAGUGCCAGAGAGUGGAACUGAGGAUGUGCCGCGACGUGCAGUGAGCGGUAUCACGGGAUUAACUGAUUACUCUUUUCUUGGUUUAUUAUUUAUAUUCGCUUCGUUUUGCCUGGCUGGUUUUUCAAGGAGCUAAGGCUCGUGAGUGCCGGAUAAUUGUGAAGAAGCCACGGCAGGCGAGGAAUAUUAUUUAUAAUAACGGAAGAGAGACGAGAGUCUCAAUCACGGAAGCACGAUUGAGCUGGAUUUGCAUCAACGGGCCGCCGGCCACUUUAUGAGAGCCGGCGGCAACAUGUGCGACGGCUCGUUCCAGGAGACGUUGCGCGGCAUGCAGGGUAUGUCGGGUGCCUCGCCACCAGGUGGCGCCGCGGUCGGGCCCAUGGUGGGUCCCGUGGGCCUCGGUAGUCCGUUGGGGGCCGUCGCCUCCUCCGGCAAGCGCAUUCAGGUAGACCACAUCAAAAGGCCCAUGAAUGCUUUUAUGGUCUGGUCGCGCUCACAGCGCAAGAAGAUCGCACAUGAGAAUCCCAAGAUGCACAACAGCGAGAUUUCCAAAAGACUCGGUGCGGAAUGGAAGCUCUUGACCGAGGAGGAGAAGCUGCCUUUUAUCGACGAAGCCAAAAGGUUAAGGGCGAUGCACAUGAAGGAGCAUCCAGAUUACAAAUAUAGACCGCGAAGAAAGCCAAAGACUCAUCGUAAAGAGGGUUACCCAUACAGCAUCCCCUAUCCAAGUGUACCUAUGGAUGCUCUAAGAGCAAGUAUGCCGGGUGGCAUCGGACAGGCGGGUAUGGGCUCGUACUAUGGACCAGCAGCGGCUUACGGCUCCUUAUCAGCCGCGAGUAUGGCCGCGGCGGCUGCUGCAGCUGCCCAGCAAUCGGCGGCGGCGAUGUCAGCUGGACUCACCGCUCCUGCACAGGUGGUGAGUUCGAUGGACGCGAUGAAGUACUCGAUGGAAGCAGACAAAUACAGGGCCGCGUACAUGCCUCCAUCGACCCUUGCCAUGUCGAUGUACUCGGACGCCAAGUACCUGGAUUCGAGUCCGAAGUCGUACCUAGAUCGUAGCUACCUCGACUCGGCCAAGGCCUAUUUUGAGCAGUCAAAGCUAUACAUGGACCAACAGCAUCAGCAGCAGCAGCAGCAGCAGCAGCAGCAGCAACAACAACAACAACAACAACAACAACAACAUCAGAAGCCGCCGGGCCUAACGGACUACAGUCGUCAUUCAGUGUCUGGAUACGAGGCCAGUAAACUUUACGAAGACGCGAGUCCAGGUGGCGCGGGUGGCUCCCUCAGCCGAUCGCCGGCUGCCGAUUCCCCGGACGGUCUCGUAUCCAAAGGUCAGAAUUCCUCGGGUAACAACGACGGCGGGACGCGCAACGAUCUUGGCUCCUCCAGCGCCAGCUCAUCGGCUUCCACGUCGACCUCGAGCCCCGGCGCCGGAAGUCUCUCCAGCUAUUACCCCGGUGCUCAAGCCGGCGGUUUACUCGGUCCCCAGGUCGGCCAAUACGCUGGCUACCAAACAGCACCUGCCGGCCCUGGAAAUGAAUUUCGCAGGCCGCUGACGGUCAUCUUCUGACCCGAUCGAGCCUAGCUGUGAGCCGCGCUCGUCCAGCAACGACACUGCGAGUAUCGGCGGUAAGCGCGAGUAGAGCAAUCGACGAGCAAUUCACCUCCAUGUACCAGCUGUUCCUGCACUGAGAGUAAAAAACAAAAACAAAACAAAA